AUGGACCUAAAACAUUUAACAUUUAUUUUCUUAUUGUUAUCGUCGAUAUUUGCACAACGACAAUAUAUACCGACACCUCGUCAUUCUCAUACAGCAGUAAUUAUAGGAAAUAAAAUAUAUUUCAAAGGUGGUGUAAACCAGGGAUUUGACG